UCCGCCUCAGGCACUGAGUGCAGCCUCCUGGCCUCUCGCGGGGACAGCUUUAGCGACCCGUCUGUGGUCUCCAUAGAGAUUUCAACAACCAGCACCUUUCAGUCACUGCGGAAUAACAAUACAUGAAACGGGAGGAGGCAGAACGCGGGAGAGCCGGAGAGAAGCUGCAGCCGCAGGAGGAAAUCGCUGUGAGUAGCCGGCGGCCGGACAAACUUUCGCUGCUUUCCCAAGCGAAGCGCGCACAUCUAGCUCUACUGGGCAGCAGGAGAAGAAGAGACGAGGCAAACUUUUCUACCGCCGCGCUUGGAAGCUGGACGAGGACGGAGCAAUGUUGAACACCGAUUAACGGGUUUUUUGGUGGGUUUUUUUUUUUUUAAAAGUAGUAAUUCAUGAUCGAUAGGUGGGAAGACUCGCAAACGCAGGGAUUUGGCAGAGCGCAAAGGACAAGAUCGCGGGGAAGGAAGAAAAGUUGGCUGCGGAGGACUAGAAUCGCGCACACGGUUAUUCCUGGUGUGGAAAGAUACGAUUAAUAGGAGGGACUCAGCUAUUGGGUGUGGAUUUACAGUCGCGCCAGACAUCUCGUACCCGCUGUUCGGGAGUUUGGAGUGGCGCUGGUGCGGCGAUUUCCCAAGAGAUCGCGCCAAGACGGAGUUGCGAGGAAAGAGACGCGAUGGUGGGGCGCUCGGUCUCUGAGAACUGCACGCGGGGAAGUCGCCGUCUGGGCUGAGUUUUUUUAAAGGGCGAGUGGCAGGUUCCCUUUGGAGCAGCAGUUGGCGACGGAGGGGAGCCAUUUUGAACUCUUAAAAAAAUACCCUACUGCCAACAAACACUUUAAGGCGGUGGGGGUGGCGGGCAAAAGUUUAUUCUCCGCCUCUGGGUCCGAUCCAUGCCCGUUGGAGAGGUCUGAGCGAAAGAGCCCGGGAGUCCAGUCCCCGCUUUCCUUGCUCCCCAGCUGCUCAUGGACGAGGCCGGAUGAGCAGCUCAGGGAGGUGGAUGGAUUGUGGAGCCUCUGGGGCGCGAUCCCUGCCUCAUAAGCCUUGGAGAUGCUGCUCCGCUUGCCGGUGGCCGCCUGGCUGUCGUGGCUGGCGCUGCUGGUGGCGGCGGCGGCGGGCUGGGAGCUGCACCUCGCCCGCAGCAACGGCCCGGGAGACUUGUUGCUGGACCUCUCGCUGGGGCCGGAGUGGCUCUACGCGCUGGACGAGACUCUGACACCCCGCCAGCUGAGGGAGGCCGUGGAGGUGACGGGCGACGGGCUGCUGAGGAGGACGAAGAUCCGCGUGGAGUGCGCCGGCUUGGCGCGCAACCCGCAGCCGCUCCACUUGCGCCUGGUGUCGUCCCUCAGCGGCGUCCGCCUCUCACUCCGCCUGGUAGCUUACCUGCACGGCCCCGGCUGCCCCAGCUGGUCCCGGGAGCGAGCGGGCGGCAGGGACUGGCUUCAGCCUAGCCUUUCCAUCUUCCCCGCCAGCUCUCUGCGGCAGCUGCCACCCGUGCUUUGUUUUCCCGCUUCCCCCGAGCAGCAGCAGCAGCAGCAGAUGCCUUGGGAGUGGGGAGAAGGCGAGGGGGGGCGAGUGCUCUCUGCCCUCAUGGCCUUGACAAGUUUCCCACAGUGCAGAUGCCCCGAUGGCCGGCCCUUGGGCUGCAGGGGCCAGGAAGGAGGAGAAGGGGUGUACUGCCCACAGUCUCUAGGGGUGAGCCCCCAGCAGCUUCUCUGUCACCUGCGGAGGAGCCAGGGGGACAUCCUCAUAGAGCUGGGUCGACCCAGUGUGGGAGGAGUGAAGCAAGAGGUUGGGGGAGGGCAGGAUAGGGAAGGGCUGGAUGGAAACUGGGAGGCAACCUCCAUGCAGCAGGUUUUGAGAGAGAGAAAGGGCAGCUGGGAUUCUUGGCUCAGGGGACCCCGCAGGAUGAGGAGUGUGAACAACCCCCCACAGUUCAAGCUGCCCAAUUACCAGGUGUCAAUUGCGGAGAACCAGCCUGCCGACACUGCAGUCAUCACACUAGAAGCCCAUGACCCAGAUGAGGGGGAGGCAGGCCGCUUGACAUAUUCCAUGGAGGCGUUUUUUGACAAGCGCUCCAAUGAUUACUUCUCCAUUGACUCUGGGACAGGGCUAGUGGUCACCACCCGUAGUCUGGACCGGGAGACAAAGGAUACCCAUGUGCUUCAAGUGACUGCAACAGACCAUGGCUCCCCACGGCAUCGGUCAGCUAUCACCUUCCUGACCGUGACUGUGAGUGACACCAAUGACCAUGGUCCAGUGUUUGAGCAGCCUGAAUACCGAGAGAACAUUCGAGAGAACCUUGAGGUGGGUUAUGAGGUGCUGACUAUUCGUGCCACAGACGAGGAUACCCCAGACAAUGCGAACUUGCUCUAUCGUAUCCUGGAGCCAGGGGCUGGGGAGGGAGUCUUUGAGAUUGAUCCACACUCUGGGGUUGUGAGGACUUGUGCCCUUGUGGACCGAGAAGAGGUCUCAGAGUACUAUCUUGUGGUAGAAGCCAAUGACCAGGGUAAAGACCCAGGCCCUCGAAGUGCCACAGUCACAGUGCAUAUCACAGUGGAAGAUGAGAAUGACAAUUCCCCACAGUUUAGUGAGAAACGCUACUUGGUACAGAUCCCAGAGGACACCCCAGUAAAUAGCCAGGUGCUACAGGUGCAGGCCACUGACCGAGAUCGGGGCAGCAAUGCUCAGGUGCAUUAUAGCAUUGUGAGUGGCAACCUCAAAGGCCAGUUUUAUAUCCAUUCUUUCUCUGGCUCUAUUGACUUGAUCAACCCCCUAGACUAUGAGACUAUUCGAGAAUACACCCUGAGAAUCAAAGCCCAGGAUGCAGGAAGGCCUCCACAGAUAAAUUCUAGUGGAAUGGUGUCCAUUCAAGUGUUGGAUGUAAAUGAUAAUGCCCCCAUUUUUGUAAGCACCCCUUUUCAAGCCACAGUUCUAGAGAAUGUCCCCUUGGGCUAUUCAGUGCUCCACAUUCAGGCGGUGGAUGCUGACUCGGGGGAUAAUGCCCGUUUGGAAUACAAACUCAUUGAGCUGUCUCAUCCCUCUGCUUUGGGGUCUUCAAGCAGGGACCCUGGUUUUCCAUUUCAAAUCAACAAUAGUACUGGGUGGAUUACAGUGUCCACUGAGCUAGACCGGGAGACUGUGGAGAGCUACCACUUUGGGGUGGAGGCUAGAGACCAGGGAGUGCCUGUCAUGACUUCCUCAGCCAGUGUGUCCAUCACUGUCCUCGAUGUCAAUGAUAACAGCCCUACGUUCACUGAAAAGGUUUAUCAGCUCAGGCUUAAUGAGGAUGCAGCAGUAGGCAGCAGUGUCUUGACUCUGACAGCAGUGGACAGGGAUGUCAACAGCGUGGUGACGUAUCAGAUCACAAGUGGCAACACGAGGAACCGCUUUGCUAUCACUAGUCAGAUUGCAGGUGGGCUAAUCACCUUGGCCUUGCCCUUGGAUUACAAGCAGGAGAGGCAAUAUGUGCUGACUGUUACUGCAUCAGAUGGAACUCUGUUUGACACUGUCCAAGUUUUCAUCAAUGUUACGGAUGCCAACACACACCGUCCAGUUUUCCAGAGCUCCCACUACACAGUGACGGUCAGUGAAGACAAACCCAUUGGCACAUCCAUUGUAACAAUCAUUGCAACUGAUGAGGAUAUUGGGGAAAAUGCUAGGAUUACUUAUAUCCUAGAAGACAACAUCCCUCAGUUCCGCAUUGACCCUGACACCGGCACGAUCACCACUUUGAUGGAACUAGAUUAUGAGGACCAAGCCUCUUACACGUUGGCCAUCACUGCCCAGGACAAUGGAAUUCCUCAGAAAUCCGACACCACCUAUGUAGAGAUCCUUAUCCUGGAUGCCAAUGACAAUGCACCCCGUUUCCUUCGUGACCGUUACCAAGGUGCUGUCUUUGAAGAUGUGCCCCUCUCCACCAGUGUCCUUCAGGUGUCUGCCACUGACCGUGACUCAGGCCCUAAUGGCCGCCUUUUUUAUACCUUCCAGGGUGGUGAUGAUGGUGAUGGGGAUUUUUACAUUGAGACAACAUCAGGGGUGAUACGGACGCUGCGCAAGCUGGAUCGUGAGAAUGUGGCUGUCUAUAGUCUGCGGGCUUUUGCUGUGGACAGGGGCAGUCCACCUCUCAAAGCCUCAGUAGAUAUCCAAGUUACUGUGCUUGAUAUAAAUGAUAACCCACCUGUUUUUGAACAAGAUGAAUUUGACAUCUUUGUGGAGGAAAAUAGCCCUGUUGGUUCUAUUGUGGCCCGAAUCAGCGCUGUAGAUCCUGACGAGGGAACUAAUGCACAGAUCAUGUAUCAGAUUGUGGAGGGGAACAUCCCUGAAGUCUUCCAGCUUGACCUUCUUAAUGGAGAUCUCACAGCCCUGAUGGAUCUGGAUUAUGAGAGCCAGACAGAGUAUGUAAUUGUGGUACAAGCUACCUCAGCUCCUCUUGUGAGCCGAGCCACUGUGCACAUACGCCUGCUAGAUCAGAAUGACAAUCCUCCUGUGCUACAAGACUUCCAGAUCCUUUUCAAUAACUAUGUCACUAACAAGUCUAAUAGCUUCCCUUCUGGAGUGAUUGGCAAGAUCCCUGCUCAUGAUCCUGAUGUGUCUGACCAACUUGACUACACCUUUGUCCAGGGCAAUGAGUUAAACCUACUACUUUUAGACUCUGCUACUGGAGAACUCAAGCUCAGCCGGGAUCUGGACAACAACAGACCCCUAGAGGCCAUCAUGAAAGUGUCCGUUUCAGAUGGCAUUCACAGUGUUACAGCUCUUUGCACCUUGCGGGUGACGAUCAUCACUGACGACAUGUUGACCAACAGCAUCACAGUACGAUUGGAAAAUAUGUCGCAAGAGAAGUUUCUCUCUCCACUGCUUGCUCUCUUUGUGGAAGGUGUGGCUACUGUGCUGUCAACAACCAAAGAGGGCAUUUUCGUCUUCAACAUUCAAAAUGACACAGAUGUGAGCUCCAAUAUUCUGAAUGUGACCUUCUCUGCCUUGCUUCCUGGUGGUAUUCGAAACAAGUUCUUUCCCUCUGAGGACCUCCAGGAGCAGAUAUACCUCAACAGGACACUCCUUACAUUGAUAUCUACCCAACGAGUUCUGCCGUUUGAUGACAACAUUUGUCUGCGGGAACCUUGUGAAAACUACAUGAAGUGUGUGUCUGUACUCAAGUUUGACAGCUCUGCUCCGUUUAUCAGUUCAAACACUGUUUUGUUCCGACCCAUACAUCCUAUCAAUGGGCUGAGAUGUCGGUGCCCCCCUGGGUUUACAGGUGACUACUGUGAAACAGAGAUUGACCUCUGCUACUCCAAUCCUUGUGGAAACAAUGGACUUUGUCGAAGUCGAGAGGGAGGCUAUACUUGUGAAUGUUAUGAAGACUACACUGGAGACUACUGUGAAGUGAAUGCUCGCUCUGGACGCUGCGCUCCAGGAGUUUGCAAAAAUGGAGGAACAUGUGUGAAUCUGCUCAUAGGAGGUUUCAAAUGUGAGUGUCCCCCUGGUGAAUACGAGAGACCUUAUUGUGAGAUGACAACAAGAAGCUUCCCUCCAGAGUCGUUUGUCACCUUCAAGGGGUUAAGGCAACGCUUCCAUUUCACUGUCUCUCUUAUGUUUGCAACGAGAGAAAGAAACGCUCUGAUUCUCUACAAUGGCCGUUUUAAUGAGAAGCAUGAUUUUAUUGCACUUGAGAUCAUUGAAGAGCAGAUCCAGCUGACAUUCUCUGCAGGGGAAACCACUACAACAGUUGCGCCAUUUGUUCCAGGAGGGGUUAGUGAUGGACAGUGGCACUCAGUGCAGGUGCAGUACUAUAACAAGCCUAACAUAGGAAGAUUAGGUAUUCCUCAUGGACCUUCAGGGGAAAAGGUGGCAGUAGUGACAGUGGAUGACUGUGACACUGCAGUGGCCGUGCGCUUUGGAAGCCUCAUUGGAAACUACUCGUGUGCCGCUCAGGGAACUCAGACUGGCUCAAAAAAGUCCUUGGAUUUAACUGGCCCUCUGCUUCUUGGAGGAGUUCCAAACUUGCCUGAAGAUUUUCCUGUUCUCAACAGACAGUUUGUUGGCUGCAUGAGGAACCUCUCCAUUGACAGCAAGCCAAUUGAUAUGGCUAGUUAUAUAGCCAACAAUGGCACUCUUGCAGGUUGUUUAGCUCAGAAGAACUAUUGCACCACCAACUGGUGUCAGAAUGGAGGCACCUGUGUGAACAAGUGGAAUACCUAUACUUGUGAGUGUCCCUUGCGGUAUGGUGGGAAAAAUUGUGAGCAAGUAAUGCCUUUCCCUCAGCGUUUCAGUGGAGAGAGCAUCAUCAUCUGGAGUGAGCUCGAUAUCACUAUUUCUGUACCGUGGUACAUUGGUCUCAUGUUUCGAACCCGGAAGGUUAAUGGCAUGCUAAUGCAAGCAAAUGCAGGAGCAUCAUCCAAAAUAAACAUCCAGAUAUUGAACAAGUAUGUGGUGUUUGAAGUGUAUGAUGGACUGAAUCUGGUGGCCAGUUUGAAGAUGACCCAAUCCCGAAUCAGUGAUGGAGAAUGGCAUCACUUGUUAAUAGAGCUGAAGAGUGCAAAGGAUGGCAAAGACAUCAAGUACCUGGCUGUUGUGUCCUUAGAUUAUGGGAUGUAUCAGAGCACUGUACAGAUUGGAAAUCAGUUGCCUGGAUUAAAAAUGAAAAGCAUUAUUGUGGGAGGUGUCUCUGGAGAUCAAGUCUCAGUGCAGCAGGGUUUCUAUGGCUGCUUGCAGGGAGUGAGAAUGGGGGAGACAUCUACAAAUGUGGCUACGCUGAACAUGAAACAAGCAAUCAAGAUUAAUGUCAAGGAAGGCUGUGAAGUGGAUAAUCCUUGUGAUUCUAACCCUUGUCCCCAGCACAGCUAUUGUAGUGAUGACUGGGACAGUUAUUCGUGUAUCUGUGAUCCAGGGUACUUUGGGACAGACUGCGUUGAUGUUUGCAGCCUGAACCCAUGUGAGCAUGUCUCCACCUGCAUCCGUAAACCAAGCUCUUCUCAUGGAUACACCUGUGAAUGUGGGCAUAGCUAUUAUGGACAGUACUGUGAAAGCAAAAUUGAUUUGCCCUGUCCAAGAGGCUGGUGGGGAAAUCCUAUUUGCGGCCCAUGUAACUGUGAGAACAGUAAGGGAUUUGAUCCUGACUGCAAUAAGACUAAUGGAGAGUGUCGGUGUAAGUCAAACUAUUACAGGCCACAAAGCAGUGACACUUGCUAUCCAUGUGACUGCUUCCCUUCUGGAUCCCAUACUCGUACCUGUGAUAUGGAAACAGGGCAGUGUCCCUGUAAACCAGGAGUGAUUGGGCGGCAGUGCAAUCGCUGUGACAAUCCCUUUGCUGAAGUUACCGUUCAUGGCUGUGAAGUGGUAUAUAAUGGAUGCCCCAAAGCAUUUGAGGCUGGCAUUUGGUGGCCACAAACCAAAUUUGGGCAACCCGCUGCUGUGCCCUGUCCCAAGGGAUCAACAGGAAAUGCUGUCCGGCACUGUAACAGUGAGAAAGGCUGGCUCCCUCCUGAGCUUUUUAACUGCACUACCUUUGGUUUUGUGGACCUUAAAGUCAUGAAUGAAAAACUUCUCCGCAAUGAGACCAGCAUGGAUGGUGACAAGUCAGUGCAGAUAGCCAAAGUGCUCCAGAAUGCCACUAACCAAACAAACGCCUUUUAUGGGAAUGACGUGCGAACAGCCUACCAAAUGAUGAUCAGAGUAUUGCAAUACGAGAGCCAGCAACAGGGCUUUGAUUUGGCUGCAACAAGGGAUGUGGAGUUCAAUGAGAAUAUCAUAAAAGCAGGCAGUGCUCUUCUGGACCCCAGCACCAAAGAGCAUUGGGAGCACAUCCAGAGGACUGAAGGGGGCACAGCACACCUACUGAAGCACUAUGAAGAAUAUUUCAGCAAUGUGGCAAAGAACAUGAAGAAAACCUACAUGAAACCUUUUAUUAUUGUGACAGCAAAUAUGAUUAUUGCUGUUGACAUCUUUGAAAAGUCUAAUUUUACGGGAGCUAAAGUACCACAGUUUGAUGUGAUUAAAGAAGAUUAUCCUAGUGAUUUGGAGUCGUCUGUUUUGUUUCCUGCUACUUUGCUCAGACCUUCUCCUAGAAAAGUAGUUCCUACCAUGAAGCCUUCAAACCAUAAGUUCUCUUCUAAAAUGGAAGAUGAUAUUUUAAACAGCAAAAAUGUACUUUCAAAAAGAAAACGACGGCAUCCAGAAGAGUCUAACCCGCAUGCUGUUGUCAUGGUGAUUACAUAUCGAACCCUAGGGCAGCUUUUGCCUGAGAACUAUGAUCCUGACCGAAGGAGCUUAAGGUUACCUAAUCGGCCCAUCAUUAACACCCCAAUAAUCAGCGCAACCGUUUACAGAGAUGGGGAGUCUUUGCCAAAUCUUCUGGAGAACCCCAUUACACUUGAGCAUGUCAUGCUGGAAACUGAGGAGAGAACCAAGCCAGUUUGCGUGUUCUGGAACCAUUCAAUUGCAAUUGGAGAAAUAGGAGGUUGGUCAUCAAAGGGAUGUGAGCUGUUUUCGAGAAGCCAAAGCCAUAUCAUUUGCCAGUGCAGCCACAUGACCAGUUUUGCUGUCCUGAUGGAUAUUUCAAAACGCGAAAAUGGUGAGGCACUUCCUCUGAAGAUUAUCACUUAUGCAACUGUCUCCAUCUCACUGGUAGCUUUGCUGCUCACUUUUAUACUCCUUGUCCUGAUCCGAACGUUGCGUUCCAACCUGCACAGCAUCCACAAAAACCUGGUAGCAGCCCUCUUCUUCUCUGAGUUAAUCUUCCUGAUAGGAAUCAACCAGACAGAAAAUCCGUUUGUGUGCACUGUGAUAGCCAUUCUCUUGCACUACUUUUACAUGAGCACCUUCGCCUGGAUGUUCGUUGAACAACUUCACAUCUACCGCAUGUUGACUGAAGUGAGGAAUAUCAAUUUUGGACACAUGAGGUUCUACUAUGUCAUGGGCUGGGGGAUUCCUGCCAUUAUAACAGGUCUUGCAGUAGGUCUGGAUCCACAGGGCUAUGGGAAUCCAGAUUUCUGCUGGCUCUCUGUUCACGACACCCUAAUUUGGAGCUUCGCAGGACCCGUUGUGAUUGUUGUGGUUACCAACUUCGUAAUCUUCAUACUAGCAGUGAAAGCAUCAUGCAAACGAAGACAGCGUUCACUGGAGAAAACUGGAGUCAUCUCUGUACUGCGGACUGCUUUCGUCCUACUACUACUGAUCAGUGUUACCUGGUUACUGGGCCUGAUGGCAGUGAACAGCGAUGUCAUGACAUUUCACUACCUGUUUGCCAUCUUUAGCUGCUUACAGGGGUUGUUCAUCUUUUUCUUCCACUGUAUAUUCAACAAGGAAGUCAGGAAACAUUUGAAAAAUACUUUCACUGGAAAGAAGCCCCUUCCAGAUGACUCCACAGCGACAAGAGCAACACUAUUAACUCGAUCUUUGAACUGUAAUGACACCUAUAUCGAAGAACCAAAUAUGUAUCGUACCACUAUUGGGGAAUCCACGGUCUCUCUCGAAAGCACCGUCAGGUCAGCCAAGAGUCACAAUAGCUACCUUGCUUAUCUUCUCAGAGAUGAAGCUGCCCAGAAGCUCAGUGUGUCAUCAAGCCAAGCAAGGGCUGGUCAUACAGAAGGCGAUUCCUCCAUCUUCCACAGGAAGCCUUCAAAGUCCAAUGAGCACGAUUCGGAUUCCGACAGCGAGUUGUCCCUGGAUGAACACAGCAGCUCAUAUGCCUCUUCCCACUCUUCGGAUAGCGAAGAAGAUGUGUUAGAAGCAGAAAAGAAGUGGCACGCAGCCACGUUGAAAAACAAGGAGCGGGGCCCGCUCCACAGCACCCCCAAAGCUGAUUCAGUCCCCAACCACGUGAAACCCUGCUGGCCUCCUGAGGGCAUAACGGCAAGUGAUGGCGAGGAGCCAGGUGCAACGCAGAAGCUGAAGGUGGAGACUAAAGUGAAUGUGGAACUUCACCAGGAAAAUCAAGGGAACCACACUAGCGAAAUCCCCCAAGACAAAGAGAGCGAAGGGCAGCAGAAGGAGAACAAGCCACUGGCCCAGCAGAACAACCAGCAGCCCGAACAGAGGAAAGGCAUACUGAAAAAUAAGGUCACAUACCCUCCUCCAUUAGUGGACAAGAACAUGAAGAAUCGGCUAAGGGAAAAACUGUCAGAUUAUAAUCAGACCACUAUCUCCUCAAAAACGACUUCUAUUGGUAUUAACAAUGGAGUUCGCUCCACUUCAGACUCUGGGGUAACAAUAAAAAACCCAAGAAGAGACCAGCUUCCAGAACAAAUGAAUGGGUUGGCCAUGAAUGUCCACGUGGGAACAGUAACUGCUGAGACCUCCGAUUCUGAAGGCAGUAACGAAACUUCAAUUUGAAUCAUCAGGAAAUUGUGAUGACUGUUGCCCCCUGUGGACUACUCCAUUGUGAUGUCACUUCCUCGGGACCUUUUGAUUCUGCAUACUCUUGCUGCGUAAUGAGGAUGCCAAGGAGGUCAUAUCUGGGCAAGCUUGACAGAAUGGCAUGCUUGUGACUUCUCCAACUUUCCUGUGGUGCUCACUAAGGCUACUCAGGGUACACUAAGUACCUGCCUAACUACAUAACACAGUGCCAAAACAUGUGGAACAAAUAGUGGAAACUCACCACUGGAGAAGAACGCCUAUUUGGAAAAGUGGAUAGAGCCAUAGCAAUGCUGCGAGGGCUGUCGGGUGGGCAGUCCAUACUGCUUAAUGAGUUGAGCUUGAGGAACAAUUGGCCAAUAACAUAACAGACAUGCCAUCAACCCAACAACCCCUGCUCUUCAGAUACAUUGGGGUUUUGUUCUGUUCCCAUGGGACUGCGGAACUCAGGAGAAAGAUGUAUCACACCAAGUGCCCUUUUAAUUCCUUCACCAGCUUCUAUGCCAGCUUGUGGUGGACACUUUGUCUUAAAAUCACAUUUUGAUAUAAAUAUAUAAAUAUAUAUAUAUAUAUAGCUGUAGAUAAUUUUAUAUAUUUUGUAUGGUGAUUCUUUGAGAAGUUCUUUUGUACAUUUCAUAUAUAUAUACUGAUUUUCUUAAAUUUGAUAGCAAGAGAGCAAUUGUGAAAGAGCUUUGUUAUUUUUUUUAUAUUAAAAAAGAAUUGCACAAAUGUACUUGAAUUUGACAUCUGAGGAAAAAACCAUAACUAAUGUCUGCAUCAAGCCCAACUUAAUCUGCGAUAGUGACUUUAAAAAAAGGCUGUCAUAACUCUGAACAUCUAUGUUUAUAAGCAGAGUUUGUCAGAAUAGUUUCAGCUAUAAGGACAGAGUAGGCAGCAUCUGGACUAAGUUAAUCAUGACUAUUUUGGCACAGUCUCAUUGAUUUCAAUAGGGCUUAGUCAUUACUACCUAGUCUGGAUUAGGGAAAUGUAUGAAACAGAUUCUGAAUUUUGUUUCAAGCUUGAAGCAAAAUGCAGAUGGCCGAAACAUCUCAUUGAAAAGUGGUCAACCCAAUUGUUUCAAUGAAACAAAACUCGAAAUGUUUCGGGUGUUCCAGCCAUAGGAAACAAUGGGGAAACUUGAAACACCCCAUUGUUCCCCAUGGGUAGGUUCUAGGGACACCAAAGUGGGUUGGGUGGUAGAGCAUGCAGGAUGCUACCUACCAACCAACCCAUAAAAGAAAUGGGCAAGCAGGUGAUUUUUAACAAAUUUUUAACCUUUCCCCCAAAGUCCCCUAGGAUCGGAAGCCAGUGCCAGAAAAUCGAUCAAAACAUUGAAAUGUUUCAAAACGAAACAGGGUUGUUUUGUUCCAAACUUGGAACAGGCUGUUUAUUUAAAGGGCAUUUUGUUUUGAGCUCAAAAUACUCAAAAUGGCCUAUUUCAAGUCAAAAUGUUUCAACGUCAUAUCCCUAGCCUGGUUGCUGCCCAGCAUGUGCUUUUAUAGCCUUGGCACAAAGGAACCAAUAAUGACGACAAACAUCUAUGAUUAAGGCAGACUGGCUCUUUUCCUACUCUUCAUCUAUGUAUAGAUAUUUUCUUCUUGCUACAGAGUUCAUACCCAUCUCCAGCCUAGGUUUUAAAACUGGCCAAACAUGUAUAUAUUUUUAAAUGUACAAUCUCAUCUAGUUUUUAUAUUAACAUUUGUGCAACUUUGGAUCCUGGUCACCCUUUAACCUCCCUGGUUGAUUUACAGAUUAAUGACCCACUGGUCGCACAAGCAAAUUUGCACUAACACAAGAAGUUAGCUUUGUUUCACUGAAAAAUGGAGAUUUUCAGAAUUGCACUCUCAUGCAAAUGUCCCCAUUGAAACAAAUGAGCGAUGCCACAGUUGUGCAACUGUGGCACAAACACAAGCAAAUUUGUGGUCGUGCAAUUAGCUAGAGCAACCAUUUUGUGCUAGCGCAACAUCCCUCUGGAAUCGGGUCAUUGCUUUGGGCGUCAGCCAGUUUUAAUGUUUUCCUGCCAACCCAAGAAUCCUGUAAACCCUGAAUUUUCUAUGAACUACUUUCUUCCCCCUCCCACCUUUUUGCUUUGGUUUUGGCAAAGCAGAGCAGGAACAGUCUAAGAUGAUUCGGUUUAAUUUCUCAGUGGUUUGCAAAUAUUUGUAGGCGUUUAAAGGGUCCGCCCCCACCGCUGCACAGUGCAGGCGUGAACAAAAUUCUUAUUAACCUGUGUUUUCUGUGGCAUUGAAAGAGGCCGCUUGGACAAUGUAAACCUUUAAGAGAAUUCUUUUGCUGUGGGAUGCCUUUUGUUUUGACUAUGCCUCAAAAUGAGUCUGGGCACAAGCCAUUGCAAAUUUCACUUAUACAGGGCCUAUUGAAAUUAACCAAAGUCGUGCCAGGGCAUAAUGAGAGUUGUAAACAAAUAAGUCUCUUGUCCAAAUUUUGCCUCAGCCAUCAACAUACUGUGGAGUGUCUUAGGCAAGACAAAUUGUUCAUGAUAACAAAAGUCAAUCGCCCCUCCCCACCCCAGUGUUGUAAGGAUUACUGCGAUAAUGUGAAUGAUUUGAAUACUCAUCAAAGGCAUUGUAUAAAUGCUAAAUAUAUACGUUUGACAAGCUUCCUCUUCUCCCAACUGAAUACAACACGUAUUUAUAUACUGCUUUCAACCAAAGUUCCCAAAGCGGUUUAAAUAGAUACAAAUAAAUAAAAUGGCUCCCUGUCCACAAAGGGCUCACUCUCUAAAAAAGAAACAUAAGAGAGACACCAGCCACUGGGGAUGGACAGGGCCAGUUGCUCUCCUCCUGCUAAAUAAAGAGAGCCACCACUUUUAAAAGGUGCCUCUUUGCUCAGUUAGCAGGGGAAUAGCGAUAAGAGAGGUGGUUUGACUAUUCAGGACAGAAAAACCGUGGCUGACAUGAUGCGCAGCCUAACAUCUCCUUAAUGCUCUGCCCAGGGCUGCUGUGGACUUGGAAGCAGCCCUGACCUUGUCCUUGAGCAGUUUCUCAAGCCGUGCUAGCACCCUUCCCCCCAUUUACCGCAGUGGUGAGAACUGCAGUCACGCUUCUUGCACAACCACUCAUUCCGAACCCAUGUUGGGGCCGCUUCCGAGUGCACAGCAGCCCUGAGGCAGAGCAGGGCAGAGACCUUUGGCUGCACAGCAUGACAGUGAUUGGCUUUAGGGUAUCAGGUGGGUGGGAGGAGGAAGGGUUUAUGGCCUCCACCUCAUUUCAGGCAGGAACCGUGGCAUCCCUAAAGACUUGCUGCAAACUCAGGGCUAUGGCAGCUUCCAAGUUAUAUCCUGAGGAAUAUCCCUCAGUGGGCGGUGACCGGCGUACUCUAGAGACCCUUUGAGAGUUUUCAGCCAUGGCUAGGCAGAGGACUCAAAGUAAGUGCACAAGGACAGUUUUGGGUCUCUUGACAUGCUGACAUUUAAAGUUGCAACAUGACGACAGCCGGCAUUAGCCUGUUGAUUUCAUUCCCCUGUGGUGAGGCAAUGUGCAAGAGAAAUUCCCAGUGGAUUACAUUUCCUCUUGUGGAAACAAUGCAUUUGCUAUCAAUUAUCUCCAGUGUCAGUUACAAGGUAUGUAGGUAUAACGUUAUCCUUCCUGUCCCAGAAAUAUCUGCUCUUCCUUUAUGUGAAUGUAUGUAACAGAAUAAGCAGAUUCAGACCAAAUAAAAUUUGGGAAUUCUCUGGUAAGCACAACUAGUGAAAUAAAAUGCACAGGCUGAUAUUCCAAUGAAUGAAGCACCAGUGCUCCUGAAAAAUUCAAAUAACUCUGCUACACUUCUGGCUCAGCAGCGGGAGGAAAUUUGCAUGAUCUGCCCCGACUGCUCUGUGCCGCCCGAGAAUAUGUCCCCGAGGGUCACACAGCCCUCAGGGACAUAUUUUUGGGUGACACAGAGGGCUUCCUGGGGAAGGGGAGAUCAUGGAAAUUCACAUACACACACAAGCACUGGUGUAGCAUUAGUCUGGAGCUCUCCAGGAGCACCAAAGCUACACUAGUGCUUCUCCCCUUGUACAGGUGCUUCAUUAGUCAGGAUGUCAGCCACAGUAAAUCUGAGUGCACAAGUUUUUCAAAGUUUUCAAAGACAGUGGAGAGAUAUAAAUCAAAGUCAUUUAAUUCAAGAUUUAACUCGGCAAGAGAAACUGUAGACAGAAAAUAUUGCUGAUUUAAAUUAAUUUUCUACUUUAAUAUAAUUGCUGGACAAGCAUUCAUACUAAUUGGGUGCUAUUGCAGUUAAAACACUACAGAGUGCCUUUUGCACUACAGAGUUUAUAUUUGCUUAGGGAAUAUGCCGUGAAAGUAAGGAUUUCUGUUUGGCUUUCUUAUUUUAUACACAUAGAGACAUUAAGCAAGUUCAUUAACUUGAAAACUUGAGUGCCCAAAACUUUCCAGAAACAAGGGCUUUGCUUCUCUGUGACAAGGAAAGUCAUGCUGACAGUCUAAAAGAGUGAUAACUUGAACAAUAUUAUAUAUAUACAUGAUCUGUUGUACCAUAUGCUUGACCUCAGAACUCACAUUCCCCUUCUGCUUCAUUCUUUAAUAUAGACAAGCACACUUAACUCAAGCGGCAUGAUCCAGCUAAGUUUUAAGUGCUAUUGAUUUCCGUGGGAGAAUUAAGCGAGAACUCAUUGGGACUUAAAAGUGCUUAAUGUUAGUUGAAUCAUGCUCAGUAUGGGAUAUAGAACAGUGUUCUUCAUUGCAAGGCCCAACCAGAGGCAAAGCCCAUUGACCCUACAUGUGGCUCUUUGUUUAUUAGGCCUGGAUGAAGCUGUGGCUGAAGCCCCCCUGCUGCUGCACCAUGCAAAGGUGACCAUUCCCACCCUGCCCAGUACAGGUGGUGCUUUAUUAAGGGGGAACAGAGCAUCAUCUCUCAGGCCCCAGCACUAUCUUAGAAGGUGCACUCAGAACUCUGGGAAGUGUAGUUCUUUCUCCAUAGAGCUCUACAGGGAAAGCCCUGGGAAGAACCAUACUUCUUAGGGCUCCAUGGGUGCCUUCCAAGAUGACACUGGGGCUUGAAUGGGCUACAUUUCUCUUAAAGAGCCCUUCCCAAGGCACAGAGAAACGUGCAGCACUGUGCCAAGGAAAUGGCUCUUACACUGAAAGUUUCCUGCUAAGUGGCCCCCACUUGAAAAAUAGAGAAGACCACUACUAUAGAGGACUAUGGAUUUGGUUGGAUGCAGACUUCUAAGUUUUACAUUCCACUGUCAUUUUAAACCAGGUUGUUUUUAGGGUGGCAAUAGAACCGAUUUUUAAAAUAAUAUAAUUCCUUCAUUUUAAUAAAACCACCAGUUUUUAAUCAACCCUGUUCUCAAGAGGCCUUUUCAGAGGAGAGGGAAAGAGCUUGGCUCUUUAAAAAUAUUGCUUUCAUGCUGUGUGAAACUUUGAUGUUUAAAAAAAGUUUUGAAUGUGUAAGUAUCUGCCUAUCACACUUGAGUAUGUGCUAAAUGAUGUUUCAGCUGUUUCACAUCUGUGUGUAUAUUUUGCCCCAAUGAGAUGUAGGUAGGUAGAUAUUUUGUUUUGUUAUAAUCAGAACUGCUGCAGUCAGCGUGUCAGCUGUGCUAACCACAGAAGAAAUGAGAAGCUAUUUUUUACAGUUUAUGGCAGAUUAGACACUGGAGGGUGUUUUGUUUUUUAAACAAAUGUAUAUUUAUUAAUGUGCAGAACACUGGAAUUGAAGCACAGAUGAGAGGAGAACUCAACAAUAAAUUAAGGUUUUGAAUUUGUAUACAA